CAAAGCUCGAUUGAGAGAUCACAUCACCAGUGAAGGUUCUGGCAGGACGGUUCGUCUAAUUUGCUAUUUUAAUGAACAUCACAAAACGUGUUGUUGCCGGUUUUCUCACUGGAUAGGUUUUAUGAGAUCGAGCCGCGCCGGUUCGUUGUUCAAUAACAGACUGAAAGUAAAGGCAGGCAUGAGGAUUGCACAUCUUUCACUGGAAAUGCAUCAGUUCCGCUGGGCUGCCUCGUGACUCUAGCAGCGACCGAGAGGAGGAGGAGGAGGAGGAGGAGGAGGAUCGCGGUGCAGACAGUAUAUGAUCCGGGCCCCCGUUACCUCCUGUCCGCUCCCCUGAAGCGCUUAUGUACGCCUGGAUCAGGAGGACCAGAGGCAGCUGCACGGGGAGGCGCUGAAAUGAGAUGAGGCUCAGAAAUGGAACUGUUGCCACUGCGAUUAUUUUCUUCACGUCGUUUCUCAGUCUGUCCUGGUACACGGCUUGGCAAAAUGGCAAAGAAAAGUUGGUAGCCUAUCAGAGGGAGUUUCAUGCCCUGAGGGAGCGCCUGCGUGUGGCGGAGCACCGAACCCUCCAGCGCUCCUCUGAACUCAACGCCGUCCUCGAGCAGUUCAGACGUGCCAUCGCAGAGACCAACGGCAGCAAAGAUGCUCUCUCCAACUUCUCAGAUGAGACACAGAAGUUGUUGAAGGAGUUGGCUCACAGGAAGCCCCUCCAGGUGCCAAAUAUCUACCACCAUCUGCCUCACUUGCUCAACAAUGAAGGCAGCCUGCACCCUGCCGUACAGGUGGGCCAGGGACGUACCGGAGUUUCUAUGGUGAUGGGCAUCCCCACGGUGAAGCGGAAAGUAAAGUCAUACCUGUCAGAGACGCUUCAUUCACUCAUCGAUAAACUCUCGGCGGAGGAGAAGCUCGACUGCGUCAUCAUAGUGUUUGUGGGAGAGACGGACAUAGAUUACGUAAACAGUGUGGUUGCAGGCCUCGAAAAAGAGUUCUACACAGAGCUGAAUUCUGGGUUACUGGAGGUCAUAUCUCCCCCUGCUAGCUACUAUCCAGACUUCAGCAACUUGAAAGAGACCUUUGGUGACUCGAAGGAGAGGGUGAAAUGGAGGACCAAGCAGAACUUGGACUAUUCCUUUCUAAUGAUGUAUGCUGUGAACAAAGGGGUCUAUUAUGUCCAGUUAGAGGACGACAUUGUUGCCAAGCCCAACUAUUUUCCCACCAUGAAAAACUUUGCCCUACAACUCGCCACUGAGGACUGGAUGAUCCUUGAGUUUUCACAGCUGGGAUUCAUUGGCAAGAUGUUCCAAGCCCCAGAUCUAAAUCUCAUCGUGGAGUUUAUUUUCAUGUUUUAUAAGGAGAAGCCCAUUGAUUGGCUCCUGGAUCACAUACUCUGGGUCAAAGUAUGCAACCCAGAGAAAGAUGCCAAACACUGUGAGAGACAGAAGUCGAGUCUGCGCAUUCGUUUCAGGCCCUCUUUGUUUCAGCACGUGGGACUGCACUCCUCCCUUGCUGGGAAAAUCCAGAAACUCACGGAUAAAGACUUCCUGAAACCUCUGUUGCAUAAGAUUCACGUGAAUCCGCCGGCGGAGGUGUCCACCUCUCUUAAAGUGUAUCAAGGUCAUACGCUUGAGAAGACGUACAUGGGCGAGGACUUCUUCUGGGCCAUUACUCCAAUGGCUGGAGACUACGUCCUGUUCAAGUUUGAUCGACCCGUCAACAUAGAAAGAUUCCUUUUUCGCAGUGGAAACCAGGAGCACCCAGGAGACAAAAUCGAGAACACUACUGUCGAGAUCCUGCCCUUUUCGGAUGCUGAAAUGAAGACCAAAGAGAAAUACAAACGAACAGAGGAUCGCUUCUAUAAAUUGGCUCAGUUUGAGAAAGGAGUGGCGGAGGGGACAGUUGACCCUGCCUUCAACCCUGUGGUGGCUGUUCGUCUGACAGUCCAGAAGGACUCCGCCGUGUGGGCAAUUAUUAGCGAGAUUCAUAUCAAGAGGAUACCUGGGUAACUACCUGAAUGUCUCCAGUGGUCGAGACCCUCUGGUCACCUAGACAGGGACGUGCCGCUCGCAUCUACGGCGGAUCAAGAGUGACCCUCACAUUAUCAGAGUGCGUGAAGGAACACUGGCUUUAUGUUCUUCACCUCUUAAAUUUUACUUUUUCCUCUUUUUUUCUCAUUUGGUCUUCCUCUGGUAGUUUUGUCCUUCUUUUUUCUCUUCUACUUGCCUUGGCUUUUGUCGUCAGACUUCGUUUUACCUUUUACUACUCCCUGAAUUCUGUUGUGUGAAUGUGACUACUACUGUACAGAAACAAAAACGCUUUUUGACAGAAUGUUUCUAGACACUGAACUCGUGUCGUGAAGAAUUGCAAUCAUCGCUGUCAUUAAGGUUUGAAGUUCAGGAUUCAAGGCUGCACCAAUGCUGGAGAAUAAGUUAAUGUCCCCUACUGAUGACGAAUGUCCUCAGCGCUCUGCCGUCAUGGACUGUACCUGUGACCCUGAGUCGGAUAAACACGGCUGGAUUUCGGCUGAGAGAUGAACGAGUGGGAUGACACAAUUUUUUAUUUUGUUUUUAGAUUUUAGGCCGUUGAUGUUUGAAAAUCUUUUAAGAACAUUUCGAGACCAGUUUAUUAUUUUACUGACUGCUUUGCCAAAAUCUAAAAACAUAUUUCUAAAAACAAACAGCAUAUCUUUGGGUCUCUACCUGGUCGACGGAAGUGUCUUUUCUUCCUCUGUGUUGGUUUUAUUGUCAACGAAUCAAUCAUGGCUUUCAAUCUGAAGGUUUUUAAUUGCUGUUGUAAUUAUUAUUAUUAUGACGAUCUAUGAAGGUGAAUUAAUUUAUUUGAAAUAAAUCUUUAAUUUGUACAAAAGGUAAAUGCUUUUAUUUUAUAUUCAUUGGAGAUUUAUGAUGUGGCAGAGAAUUUAUUGUGGCUUAAAGUCGAGUGAUAGUUGAUGUUUGUAUUUUUGUGUAAUUGAGAAGGGCGCAGGGCCGCCCACCUCUGUGCCUUAUCGUCCAGCGCCCCGAUAGGGGGCCUGGUAAAGGACUGCCUUGCGCCCUGUGUCAAAACGCUUAAAUCAUACAAUAGGACAGUUUGUUAUAUGCUUGAUUUAAAGUUUGACGUUCAAGUUUAAAGCAUGGCAUGUCCAUAUUUAUGUUCCUGAAUCUUUCAGUUCGGCGUCUUCAUUUGUUCAUUGAGCAUUUUCCAUCUUAAAUAGUCUGCUUUCAUUGUGUCAGUCAGAAAAUGUUCUCCUUUCUAUGCUGUAUCACAAGUAUCUGAAUGUUCAGUGAGUCAUGAUUAAGUCCAGAUGGAAUCUGCAGAUUUUUUUUCUGCACAGAAUGAAUUGAAAUGUGGCGAAAUGUGAUUAAUGAAGCUGAGGGUACUAUGUGGUAGCUGAAAGCACAAUCUACGGAGACCCUAAAUGGACAUGGUGAUGGGGAACGAAAAUAAAGCAUUGAAAAAUUAUAUUUCAGCGCUUAUGCAUUCCAAGAAACUUUGUGUUUUCUCAGAAAUGUUUUGCAUUCCCUGAUAAACUUCGUGUUCGCUCGCAAAAAAUUUGUGAUGGAAAUAUGAGGUAGGACCAAGAACUAAAUUUCAAUACUUUGGAGGAGAACGCAAAAGUUUUGCUAGAUAAUGAAAAAGAUUUGGGAGCAAAUGUAACGUUUCUCAGGGGAGCACAAACUUUUGCAAACAAAUGCAAAGUUUAUUGGCUAGACGCAGUAUUUUUUGUGAAUGAAUGCAAAUGUUUUGUGAGCAAAACAAGAGAACGGAAAACUUUCUCAGGGGAGUGUAGUACUUUCGCGUGUAAACGUAGAAGUUUUGCAAGCGAUGCAGUGUUUCUCUUGGAAAUGUCGUACUUUUGUGAGUAAUCACAGAAGUUUUGCAAAAGAAUGUUCGUGAAAAGUUUCUUGAGGCAAGGCAAUACUUUUGCAUUUGCACACUAAAGUUUUGUAUGGAAGCUCAUUUCCGCCACUGAAAAAAGCGAGUUAUUUCAACUUUUUAAUGUUCUAAGAAUUUAUUGAUUUAAACUUUUUUCUUAGAUAUAAUCUUGCACUUGCGAGAAAAAAAGUCAGUAUUGCAAGAUACAAAGUUACAAACUUGCAAUUGCAAGUUAUAAAGUCAGAAUUGCAAAAUACAAACUCACAGUUGCAAGAAAUAAAGUCAGAAUUACGAAAUACAAACUUGCAAUACCCUUUUCUCAAUAGUACUUUUCUCAAAAUUGUGAUAUAAACUCGUGAUUGUGAGUUAUAAAGUCCAGUUUUGAGGACAAAAGACUGAUAUGUUUUUAGAAUUACGAGGUUAUAUCAUAAUUUUGACUUAACUCCAAAUUGCAGGAAUUGGGAGAUACCGUUGCAAACUCAAAAUUACAAGUUAUAAAGUCAGAAUUGCAAAAUAGAAACAAGCAAUUGCAAGAAAUAAAGUCAGAAUUACGAGAUACAAACUCGCAAUACCCUUUUCUCGCAAUUGCGAGUUUGUAUCUCACAAUUCUGACUUUUUUCUCGCAAUUCUGACUUUAUAUAUAUAUAGUUAUUAUUAUUAUUAUUAUUUAUUUAUUUAUUUAUUUUUUUUUUUUAAAUAUAUCUAGCAAUUCUCGUGUCUGCAUCAUGCAACUCGGAAUUGCGAGAUAACAACUUUCAAUUACCUUUUUUAUGUUUUAUUCAGUGGCGAAAUCUGGCUUCCAUGGUUUUGUGAUGAAAAUAUUAAGUGGGAGAAAAAACUAUAUUUAAGUACUUUUUGUGAGAGAACACAAAAAUUUUCCAGUCAAAUGCAAAGAUUUCCAGUGGAACGUACUACUUUUGCAAGUGAACACAAAGUUUCCUUGGGCGGCAUAAUUCUUUUACAAUUUUUUUUUUUUUCUUCAUCACCAUGUCCACUAAGGGACUCCGUAAAAAUCAAAUAAGCCACAAUAUGUAAAAACGCAUAGAACUUUAUAAAUGACGGCUGUUCAAAGCUUUCUGUGGAGUGCUGCAGGUGCAGAUUCUAUGUGGAGCUGGUCAGGAGCAAAAUAUUACCAGAACCAUAGAUUUAUAGUGGAAACUGAAUGGAAGAUCUACAUUUAGAGCAAGUGUUCAGUGUGCUGGUUUUGACACCUGGAUUUAUUACACUGUACAUUUUAUUAUAUCGUAAAGCUACGUUUCUUAUUUAUUUUGCUUGUAGCUCCUGACAUAGAAACUUGAUGGUGAGGAAACUGCUGUACAGAUUUCCAAAGUGCUCUCAUCUCAUGUGAUUGUAUAUAUCUUUAAUAAGAUGGAAGUUUUAGUUCAGGCCUACAAAAUGUGUCAUUGUAUAAUGCUUCAAGUUUCAAAGCAUAUCCUUUUUCGAUACAUACACCCUAAUUUUAGUGACUACUUGGAGCUGGAUGUGAAUCGCAGUACUUGAGCAGUGUGUGUUUUGUAAUAGAAAGCCAAUGUACUGUCAUAAACGUUUGUUUACAGUAUGUUUAUGAUCUCUCCUGAGAGGAGAGAUUGCGAUAAAUCCUUGGUCUGAUUGUAGAGCGCUGUAUCAUCGUUCUCCUUUACGUCCUCAUAUGAACUAGUGAAACCACAGUGGAGUGGUUUUCAUAGCGUUUUGCCAUGUUGCUGCCUUUUUAGUCAGAUUUGUGCUCAAUGAUCUGUUUCCACAUCUGUUUUAGCACUGAGAGACGGAUUGUUGUCCGUUGCCCUCUCGUUAAACUCACUAGGGGUCGGUUUCCCACCUGGGAUCAGCGCAUGUCCAUCUUGAAAUCCACCCUUCCGUUUUACAUUGAGAUGAAUCAGACAUGAAACGUGCAUUCAAGACUUUCAUGUGCCUUCGUCUUGUCUUUCUCCAGCUUUGACAUUGAUUUGAAUAAACUGUUCCAAAAUAAACCAGUCUUGACAUAAUU